UGAACCCGACGCAGUGCGAGGCCAUUGAGAUGGUGGCGGCGCAGGUAAUGGGGCAACGCCGUGGCCGUGACCGUGGGCGGCAGCAACGGCCACGUCGAGCUCAACGUCUUCAAGCCCAUGAUGGUGGCCAACGUGCUCAGGUCCAUCCGGCUUCUGGGAGACUCGAGUCACGCUUAUGUGGACAAGGGCGUGGUGGGCAUCCAAGCCAACAGGGAGGAGAUAAACCGCCUUCUGCACGAGUCCCUCAUGCUGGUCACUGCCCUCUACCCUCACAUCGGCUAUGAUAAGGCAACGACAAUCGCCAAGACCGCACACAAGGAAGGCACCCGCUCAAGGCGGCAGCUCUGA